AUGCAUCCGUAUGUACUUGAUGGCUUGACAGUUUUGUUUCCAUUUGAAGCUUAUCAAUGUCAAGUGGAUUACAUGAAAGCGGUCGUAGCAUGUCUAAUGAGAGGACAGAAUGGUAUACUCGAAAGUCCAACUGGUACUGGAAAGACGCUUUCCCUUCUCUGUGCGUCUCUUGCUUGGCUCGAACAAUAUAAAAUCUUGAAUGCAGAAUUAAACGAGGCACCAGUUCAGAUUAUUUACGCGUCGCGCACUCAUUCUCAGUUGGCACAGGUUGUAAAAGAAUUCAAAUCAACCGAUUACAAUCGGAUGAAAAUAACUGUCUUAGGUUCACGUGAUCAAUUAUGUAUUCAUCCCGAAGUGAAAGCACUGGAAAACUCGUCCGAUAAAAUAUCUGCCUGUCGGGAAAAAGUUCGUCAGAAAACAUGUUUAUUCCAUCGAAAUUUCGAAAUGACAAAGCCUGAAGUUGUCAAAUUACCACCGAUGGACAUCGAAGAUCUCGUCAAAGAAGGCACUCAGAAAAAAUUCUGUCCGUAUUUUGCCGCAAGAGAAUUGAAAGAAAAAGCUGAUAUUAUCUUCAUGCCGUACAAUUAUUUACUCGAUGCUAAGGCUCGGCGUAUUCAUAAAAUCAACGUUCGAAAGUGUGUGCUGAUAUUUGAUGAGGCACAUAACAUCGAGCAGCAAUGUGAAGACGCUGCUUCGGUAGUUAUUAGUUCAUUGGACUUAGCUGGUUGUCUCGAAGAUAUUACGAAAGUGAUGCAAUGGAUGAUUGACUCUCAAUCCGAAACAACAGCACCGGUAGAUGAAAAUGACGAGAAAAAUGUUGAUGCAAAUGCUUUAACAGUGACACAAGACCAAAUUUGUAAUCUGAAAUUAAAAGUCGUCAAGUUGGAAGAAUUGUUGGAUAAUAUGAAAACAACCAAAGGAAAUAUUCCAUCGCCUGGCGACACGGCUUACAAAUGGUUAAAAAGUGCCGAAAUCGACUUCAAUCCUCAAGGAGAUGUUCAACAUCUACUAGACAUCAACCAGUUUAUGGCUGCUCGAUCCGGUACAAUCUUUCGUUCGAAUGGACAUUCACUUCUGAAAUUAUCAGAAUUUAUCGAAACUGUCUAUCCAUUAGAUGAAAAUGGGCAACCGUUAUUCACACUCGAUAUGGAUGCUCAACGGAGAGGUGUUUUCAAAGUCUAUCUUGAAGAAGAAACAUCAAAUAAUGAACAAAGACCAUCCAUCAUUACUGCAAAACGACCAAAAAAGCUUCACUAUUGGUGUUUAUCGCCUGGCUUUGCUAUGCGACAAUUAUGCAUGCAAAAUACACGAUCGAUUCUUUUAACUAGUGGAACACUUUCGCCGAUUGACUCGUUCAAAGCACAAUUAGCAAUUCCAUUUGAUAUUGUUAUUCAAAACAACCAUAUUAUCGAGCAGAAUCAACUGUUUGCAGGUAUUUUACCUCGAUCAGCUGGCAACAAACAUCUUCUUACAUCUGUUUAUCGUACACGACAAAAUCCUGAAUAUCAAGAAGCAUUAGGCCAAACUUUACAUAAUGUUAUAAAAAAUAUUCCCGGUGGUGUCCUGGUCUUUUUCCCUUGUUAUAAGAUGAUUGAAGAAGUUGUCGCAACAUGGAAGAAUAAUGCAACAUUCGAAACUAUGAAUCAACGGAAACGAGUUCUUAUCGAACAGCGAAAUAAAGCGAAAUUUGAAAGUCAAAUGAAAGAAUUCAAUACAAUAAUUGACAACGACGAAAGAGGAGCUAUGUUGUUUGCAGUUGCCCGAGGCAAAUUGAGCGAAGGCAUAGAUUUUAGUGAUAAAUCUUGUCGAGCAGUAAUCAUUAUUGGCAUCCCAUUUGCACCACAUCAAGAUCGACGAGUAGUUGCUAAACGACAUUAUCUGGACGAAAUCAAUCGAGGAAAUAAAGAUGCAAUGCCCGGUGAUAUGUGGUACAGUCAACAAGCUUUUCGAGCAAUCAAUCAAUGUGUUGGACGUGUAAUUCGACAUCGACGUGAUUACGGCGCUGUGCUAUUUUUUGAUCAACGGUUCGAGAAUAAUAGGGAUAAACUGUCGAAAUGGCUUUGUCCAUAUGUUCAUACAGUUGAUUUUACCGGUAUGAUGAAAGGUUUAAAAGACUUCUUUGCCCAAUAUCCAUCGAUCCCCGCUGCUGAACAAUCCACACGUCCAAUCCAACAAGCAUUCUUUGCAUCGAUAGGACAUAUAACAACGACAUCAAAAUCGUCUGUGCAACCAACAGUUUCGUCGGAAGAUAUUUUUCGCACAACCAUAAAACAAUCUAUUUCAGUUACAGUAAAAAGCACAGAUGAAGAUACUUCUAACAAAUCCAAUCUUGUCCAUAAGUCUUUAUUUGACGCUAUAUCUUCAACACAACGAACCGGUCCUACAGCAGCUCUGCAAAACACUGGAACUGAUGAUAAACAACGUGAUUUCGAUGCGAUGCUGGAGGUGAAGCGACGAGAAGCAACGCGGGUCGAAUCAUUACCUCGGAAAUUUUUUCGAACUACAGAAACAUUCGAAGAUAAUUCAUCGACUUUGCCAAACAAUACUCCGACAACGCCGGUAGCAAAUGCAAAAACUUCGGAGUACAGAGAACUGUUGAGUCAACUGAAAGCUGCCAUGUCACACGGAAUUUAUCCUCGUUUUACUCAUAUGCUACAAGAUCAUAAAACUCACAAAACAGAUCGAGAAAUUUAUCUAAAACUACAAACACUUCUAGUUGAGAGUCUCGCAAAACAUCAUCCGAAACUCUUCAUGGACAUGGCUCGACACAUCAGUGCUGAAUUUCGACAAGAAUAUAUUCAAGCAGGUCAAAUUUAUUCUUCAUCGAAUAACGCUCAGCAGACUCUCACAGUUUUGAGUAGCAACAAAAGAAAAGAUCUUUCAUCAUCCAAUGAUCAAGAUAUGCCCUCACCAAAAGUAAUUAAAACAGGUCAAAGCAUUAAUCCAUUUCGAUGUAAAUGA